ACCGGAAACCCGUUUGUGUUGCAAUAACGUGAAACCUUGUUGUAAGAAAUAAGUUUGGUGUAAGCUAGUUCAAACAUUCUAAAUUUCGCCGCUCGAUCGUGAACCACUGAAAGUGAGUCUAUUCAGCUCAAUAUUAAAGAAAGACUGCAUAUGUGCCCAGGAUGGCAGCCCAAGAAGGAUCAGACUAUGAAAAAGGAGGAAGACGUGGAGGAGACAGAAACCGCAAUAGGGAAGAGGAAACGUCAUCAAGCCAAAUCAGGACAAAUCAAAGAAGUCAGCAACGAUCGUCCAGGAAUCACGGGCCUGUGUAUGAUGAUGGGUAUUACCAACCAGGGCAAGAAAACCAAGGACAAGGGUAUUAUAGAAGAGAUCAAGGUGGUUUUACUAAUUAUGAUUAUGGUGAGAGGAGGAACAGUGGAAGAAACCAUGACCAGGAUUAUGGCAGUCAAGGACGAGGAGGGUAUGGUGUAGAUUACUUCAGUUACGUCCAUUAUCCAAAUGAGCAACAUUUCACAGGAGAUUACAGGGACAAUCAAAGAUGGCAAGAUGACAGGUACAGACCUGAUGAUAGACAGGGGGUAGCGACCAGUGGAGGCAAUAGGCAGGAAGAUUGGAGAUGGGAGGACAGCCGACAUCCUCCGAGAGGUGGCAGAGGGGGUGGUAGAGGAAGAGGGGGCAGAGGGGGUAGACAGCAGUAUGGUUCAAAGGGAUUGGACAGAGAUGCUGCAGGAGAGUUUGAUAAUCGUGCAGAAGGAAGACGCUAUUCAGACAGUCAAGAAGAGUGGGGUAGGGAUGGGAAUAGGGGCAGGGGGCGGGGAGGGAGACAAAGAGGUAGAGGGAAAGGAAACCGGGAAUCGGGAAGGUCUUACCAUGCAGACAGAGAAAUGGAUCAAGUACAAUCCAGACCACAAGCAAGAAAGUCAAGAGACUACCCAGACAGAGACUCCUCCAAUGCUGCCACACAAGAUAGGAAAGACAUUGACAAAUAUGUAUCCCAUAUACAAGGUACCCGAUGGCAAAAUGACAGGGAUAUCGGACAACAGGAUCAAAUUCGAAGCAGAACUAACUCUAAUGAGGAUCCAAAAAACAGUGACAGAGACAACCCAAGGAACAGAUCUGCUCCAAGUAACAGAGGAAAAAGAAACGGUCAAGCAAGUAAGCUACAGAAGGGGACCAGAAAACCAAAGAUAUCCAAGGCAGGCAAUGCUGAAACUCAGACAGGAUCGCUCAUUGAACAACUCUCUACAGGGUCUUAUGAAUGUGCUAUUUGUUGCGACCGAGUCAAGGCCCAAGACAGGGUAUGGAGCUGUAAGACGUGCUAUGUUGUCUUUCAUCUAGGGUGUAUCAAGAAAUGGGCUAAAACUCCUGCUGCUUCUGCUGAAGGAACCGAUGGUUGGCAGUGCCCAGCGUGCAGGGGUGUUGAGAUCAAGAUACCGCACGUCUAUUACUGCUUCUGUGGAAAGACCAGGGACCCUGUGUGGGAACCGGGGGAAACCCCUCACAGCUGCGGAGAGGUGUGUCGUCGUAAACGCCCCACCUCCUGCCCCCAUACCUGUAACAUCCUCUGCCACCCUGGUCCGUGCCCGCCCUGUCCUUCCAACGUCCAGAAAUACUGCAACUGUGGUAAGACCCAGCAAACAGUACGAUGUGGUACUCAAAACGAGAUUCGAUGCCAAAAGAAAUGUGGUAAAUUGUUGAACUGUGGUCGACAUGCUUGUGAGGAGAUCUGCCAUAAGGGUCAGUGUAGUCCUUGCGAAGAAAAAAUUGUUCAAGAAUGUUACUGUGGUGGAUCUAGCAGGGAAGUUGAUUGUCAACAAGAAGUGUCAUCAACCUCUACCAGAGGAAGCUAUUCUUGUUUGACAGUUUGCAAUAAACUAUUAGACUGUGGUCAUCACCACUGCGAAAGCGUGUGCCAUACUGGGGAGUGUGAACCCUGUAGCCGUGACCCGGCCCGUGUUACCCACUGCCCCUGCGGGAAGACCUCUCUCGCGUCCCUGGGUGGGGUAGAGAGGACCUCCUGUACAGACCCCAUCCAUACCUGUCUUAAUAAGUGUGAGAAAGUCUUCUCGUGUGGUGGAACAGAUAAGCACAUCUGUGAGCAGACUUGCCACUCUGGCGCUUGUCCAGCAUGUGAGAAGACCACGAACAUGAAAUGCCGCUGCGGACAUCGCUUCGUUGACGUCCCUUGCAAGGAUAUACAGGAAAGGUCAGAGGUCAUUUGCGACAGGAAGUGUACCAGGAAGAAGCAUUGUGGGAGACAUAAAUGUGGUCAGAUAUGUUGUGUGGAUACUGAUCACCUGUGCUUACAGCAGUGUGGACGCAAGCUCAAGUGUGGCAUUCACACUUGUGAGGAACCAUGUCAUAUGGGAAACUGUCCGCCUUGUCUAAAUGCAAGUUUUGAUGAACUCACCUGUCACUGUGGUCAGGAGAUCCUCUACCCCCCUAUCCCCUGCGGAACCCCACCCCCUGAAUGCCAUCAGCCAUGUAACCGUAGGCAUGCUUGCCAGCAUCCCAUACGUCAUCACUGCCACAGCGAAGAGAAAUGCCCACCGUGUGUUGAGCUUACCAGUAAGACCUGUAUCGGAGGCCAUGAGGUCCGCUACAACAUUCCGUGCCACUUGCAAGGGAUCUCCUGUGGUCGGCCGUGUGGUAAGCCACUGCCAUGUGGUUACCACAAUUGCCUGAAAACUUGUCAUACGGGAGAAUGUGAUCCUGAAUGCAAGCAACCUUGUAAAGUGAUCCGUCCAGAUUGCGGUCAUCCAUGUGGUGUGACCUGUCAUGUUGGAUGGCCUUGUCCACAAAUUACAUGUAAAUCAAAGGUCACUGUGAAGUGUCCGUGUGGGAGAAGAGUUCAGAUGAUGGAAUGCCAGGCUAGUGGUAGUGAUGGGAUCAACAAGGCUUUACAGAAAUUGACGGUAUCUAAGCUAGCGGGUAAGAUCCAGACAUUACAGCGUAAUGAAGAUAUUGAUAUCAGUGAGCUCACUGGUGCCAAGGGAUCUAACAAGGCCAGCAGGCUUUUGUGUGAUGAAGAGUGUUCACUACAAGAAAGAAAUAAACGUCUUGCUGUCGCAUUGCAGAUCAAAAACCCUGAAAUGAGUCCAAGCAAUAAUACAACUCAGUAUGGUGAAUUUCUAAAAGAACAAGCGAGGAAGCACCCAGGCUUUGUUGCUGCGAUAGAGAAGGAGUUUGCUGCGUUGGUCGUGUCUGCUCAAAGUUCCAAGCAGGUAAGUAGAAGCCAUGCCUUCCCAUCCAUGAUCAAGAACCACCGUCGUAUCAUCCAUGAGCUCUCUGAAUUCUACGGCUGUGAAUCAGAAAGCUACGAUGAAGAACCUAAGAGGAAUGUUGUUACUACAGCAAGAAAGAACCGAUGUUUCAUGCCUAACAUGACAUUAACAGCUAUGAUACAGAGAGAGCUAAAUCCCAGGGCACCACUUCCUAUACCUCAUGGCAGUCAAGAAAAUAAACUCAGAUCUGCUGCGAAGGCAAUCAAACUUUCCACUGACGUCGUCUCAUCUAGUAAGACUAAGAAGGAAAAGGUUAUAGACUACUUUGACAUGACCAGUUAGCUUUUAACCAGCUUUUGAGAGAAUGAGAUCCAGAUAAUCAAUACUGCCACAAGUUGUCAUUCAUCAAGUAAAAGGGCAAAUGGCAUUAAAAAAAAAAAAAAUACUACAAAAAAGUAUAUUUUUCCAUAAUAUCGGCCAUGUUUCCCCCUUUACUUUCCAAACUAGGAAGUGUGAAAAUUUGUUGAGAUAUCUGCAUGUAUUUUGCAGAUUUCAUUGAUAUAUUUUGUUAUAGUUAUCACUGAAAAGGUUAUCAAAUUUCAGUUUUUCGUCAAAUGCAGUCUCUUGUUUCAAAACUGAUAUUAUUUAUUUUUUGGCUGUUCACAAGUUUCUUAAUAUUUGUUGUGAUAUUGGACAAAAGGCAUGUCUUUGUCGUAGGGGAUAUUGCACAAAAUCAUACAUAACAGUAUACCAGCUUGGUGCUAUAAACUUAUUGUUAAGUAUAAAAAAGGCCCAUAUUUUAUUAAGGGUGUUAUCAAUGACAGAAUAUAGUCCUUGCCUUUGAUUAAUUCGUUUUUGGGGGCUAUGGUUACUGCCAUUUGCAUUUUAAUCGAUAAUGAAAAUUGACGACAGUGCCCCGGUCAACACGACCAAUUACCCAUUCCCAAUCUUUGAAGAAGUUUGUUUGUCCGACAUAUUUGGCAUUCAGAUAACCUUUAUUUUUUCUGUAGCUUUUAUUCUUCCCGACUAUCCCAUGUUGACCAUCUUAGUUUUAUAAUUUAAGAUGUGCUGUAAGUUUUCUGCCUAUUUAUGAACUGUCAUGUUAGCUCCCUAAAAGAGAAGGGACUCCUGCCAAUUCUUAGUAUAAUUUUCUUAGGUUAUUUCAUGUUUUGGUUCCAUAUUCUGCAAAGUUGAAUUCGAAGUAGUUAAUGGUAUAUUUAAAUCUAGUACCUUACAAAAUCAUUUUGUCUUGUGUUUCUUCAGUGCAAAACCCUUCCAAAGUCAAGAAAAUAUGUCUCAUAGACUUUUUUUAGGAUACUAUAAAUUUAUUUCUUUGAACUUUAACAUUUCUAAAGUAAGAAUAUUUUUGUGUGUUCAAGAAUAUUAAGUGUCAACAUUUUAUUUGAGGAAAAGAAUUAAGUCAGUAUAUUAUUCUUUAAGAUUUUGUUGACACUGAAUUGUGAACAAAAAUAGAAAACAGAAGAUUUAUGUCAAGUUUGAUAAUUGCAACUUUGGGAUUGUUUCUUGAAAUCAUCUCUUGGCAAAGUGAUUAAGUGUAUGAUCUGCAUGUAUUCAUUUGAGCAAUUAUGUCUGCCCCCUAAAAAAUUGUUCUCCAAUGUUUGAAUGAGGUUCAAAAUCAAAUUUACCUGGCCACAAUAUUUGUCCCAAAACAACUUUUCCCCAAAUUUGAAUAAUGAUUUUGUCUCUUUCCCCCUCAGUUUUAUCAAGAAAGGGCCCCUGUUUUUGCUGAACUCGAUAUGUAGCGACUUGUGAUUUACAGUUCCAUUUUUGUUUACAAAAGGCAAUAAAUGUGAAUUGUCUACUCCCUACAAACUUGUUGAUAUGCAGUCAAUAUAAGAAGCUUAUGAAAAUAAAACAAGGAAAAGAAAAAAGCAAAUUAUUUCUCUCUUCAUAGAAUUUAUUUACAUUUUUUCCAUCCAUUCCUCAAUAUAGAAAAUAUGAUAUAGUUUAUAUUACACAUAAUUACAAAUGAAAGUGUGUUUGGACGGAAACAUCGAAAAUUCAAUCAAAGUCAAUCAAAACGUGAAUAGAUGUGCAUAGAAUUAUAAGUCUGAUGCAUUACAGAUAGUGUGUUGUAAAAUUCAUGCAGUUUUGAUAAUAGCAAUAUUGGACAUCAAUGCUUGAUUUCUUGUAUAGAAACAAUCUCACAUUCCACUGUAAGCUUCAAGUCUAAAAUGAAAGGUAUUUCAUGUAAAGUAGGAUUUGAAGAGCAGGGCAAUUCUAUAGAUUAUCUGGAUCAAAUUAUAGAACCUUGUGAAAUGAUUUAUCUCUGUUCUCUAUUUCACAUGACAAGUUCUAAUGCCCUAAAAAUUACCAUGGCUUGAGGAGUUUGUGAAGUGAAUUUAGAAUGCAGAACAAAUGGAGGUCUGACAUACAAAAAUGUGAUUAUCUUAUGAAAUUGCCCAUCAGUAAUUUUCAGUUCUUGUUGCAUAUUUUAUUGUAUUUAAAUGCAAUCACUGUUGAAUACAAACGAUUAUAUCUGCCCUUUGAUACCUAUAUACUCUAUUCAAACUUGGAGUUCCCAAAUCUUCCAGAAGUUACAAAUAUUCAAAAGGAUGUAUAACAUGGUGAAACCUGCUAAGGAGACUAGAUGUGCUGGAUGGAAUGCAAGCUAGUUCUGAACCUAUGUGUAAAGGAAAGUCAUCACCUCUGUAUGUUACUAAUAUAGAAAUAGGGAGAACAUGUGCAGUGGUCCACCUGCAACCCUCCAAUCAGUUAUAUUGAGAGGAGAGACCUGCGGGUCAUAUUGAUUCAGUUCGCUUUUUGCCUCCCAGGCACAUGUUGAUGCCAAACAAAAUAAUCAGGUACAUAUAAACUGUACUUCAGUAACAGUUGGUAUGUAUGGGUCAAGGUGCUGCAGUGCUUGUCAUCCAUGUUUGUAGUCUUCUCUGCAGACAUCACCAUGACGCAUCCAAAGAUGAAAGAUGUAGCUUAUUAGUUAAAUUACUUUUAAUAUAUAUAUAUCUCUAUUCAAAUCGUAGCAGUUUAUACAGUAUAUACACACAAUUAUAUUUACAAUAUAGUACAGGAGAAUGUACAAAGGAAUCAAAUUCAACGUCCCUAAUUCUGCCCUACAUACGGUUUGCUAGCAGUUUUUUAUUCGAAGAUCUCAUUACUGAACAGUAGAGAAGCCAAAGGAGCACAAUACAUGUGUGUAUUAACAUGAUCAUGUUUUGUUUUCCCAUUCAUUAGUUGUAUUGAGUAAACUAAGUUCAAGUAUUGGUAGUAGAUGCAAGAUACUUUCUCAUAUAAUCACAAUAAUUCAUGACAUGUAUUAUUCAAAGGUGCCUUUAAUGUGAUCAAAUACCUUGUCAAUGUGAGAUUCCAAAACAUACAAAUGAAUACAAUUUAUUUUUUUUCCCUUGCAAGUCUUUGAUUUUGCUCAUGGAGAAAGUAUAUUAAAAGUUGCAAAAUGCAUUUGGUUGUCUUUUGCCUAAAUCUA